AUGGGUGCCCCCGAGGUGCCCCGAGCCGCCCCCCCGCCCUCCACCGCCGGUGGGGCUGCCAGCACCGUCCUCCUCCUCCUCCUCCUCCUCCUCGCCCGCUUCUCGCUGUCGCUUCUUCCUUUUUCCUCUUCUCGAUUGUUUUUCUCGCCGCUUCGCUCCCCACCUGCGCCGGAGCAGCGGGCGAGAGCAAGCGAGCCGGAGCGCGCGGGCACGCGGCGGCGGGCGAGCUUGGGUGGGCUGGCCUCGUGCCCACCGGCCCACCGGCACCAGGCUGGUAGCCACGGGCAACUCACUGUGGGGGUCCCCCCCUCUGCCUGCAAAACCUCGGAGCGCAAGAGCCGGGGGAGCAAAGCGGAGGCGAGGAGCCGAGGGGCGGCCAAGGAGAAGACGCUGGAAUGCGGGCAGAUCGUGUGGGGCCUGGCCUUCAGCGCCUGGCCUCCGGCGGCCGAGGGGGGGGAGACGGACCCUGCCUGCGCUGUGGGUCUUCCCUGCCUGAUCCUGGCCACCGGGCUCAACGACGGGCAGAUCAAGGUCUGGGAGGUGCAGACAGGACACCUCCUCUUCAGCCUCUUGGGGCACCAGGAUGUUGUCAGAGACCUGAGCUUCGCUCCCAACGGAAGCCUCAUCCUUGUGUCAGCCUCGCGGGACAAGACCUUGCGUGUCUGGGACCUGAGCAGAGAUGGGCGGCAGGUCCAGGUGCUGUUGGGCCACGUGCAGUGGGUCUACUGCUGCUCCAUCUCCCCAGACUGCAGCAUGCUCUGCUCCGCUGCUGGAGAGAAGUCGGCGCUGCUGUGGAGCAUGCGGUCCUACACCCUCAUCCGGAGGCUGGAGGGGCACCAGAGCAGCGUGGUGUCGUGCGACUUCUCGCCGGACUCGGCGCUCCUUGUCACCGCCUCCUAUGAUGCCUGCGUCAUCAUGUGGGACCCCUAUACUGGGGAGCAGCUGAGGACGCUUCGCCACGUCCCCCUGCACUCGGCGCUGGACUACAGCAGCGAAGUCCACAGCAGCGAAGUCCACACCAGCUCCCUGCGCUCGGUCUGCUUCUCCCCUGAGGGCCUCUACCUGGCCACGGUGGCAGACGACAGGCUCCUGAGGAUCUGGGCGUUGGAGCUGCGGUCACCAGUCGCGUUUGCUCCCAUGACCAAUGGCCUGUGCUGCAUGUACUUUCCACACGGCGGUUUCAUUGCCACAGGGACCAGAGAUGGCCAUGUCCAAUUCUGGACCGCUCCAAGGGUCCUCUCAUCACUAAAGCACUUGUGUCGCAAAGCUCUGCGCACCUUUCUGACGACGUACCAGGUCCUCGCGCUCCCCAUUCCCAGGAAGCUGAAGGAAUUCCUUACUUACCGGACCUUUUAAGGCAGCACGGAAAGUGGAGGCACAGAAGCAAGAGCCC